GCUUUACGGCAAGGAAUAAUCUUCCACAUGGCCUCCAAGCAGGCUAGAGUGUGUGUUUGAGGUUUAGUCGCUACGCCUGACUGUGGAAGAAGAAAAAAAAUCACGUAUGCGCAGUUCGCACUUUAAUAGAGAUUGAAAUGGGUAAAAGUAAAACCACUAAAUUUAAACGUCCGCAGUUCAAUUCAGUUGGAUUGCCGGCGAAUUCUAUGAAGGAAGUGGACGCUGAGGAAGAAGACCACGGUGAUGAUAGCUGUCCAGCUGCGGAGUUGCUGGAGAAAUUGCAGAGUCCCAGUGCAGAUGUGCGAGAGUUUGCAUGUGCCAGUAUUUCUCGGGUGGUGCAGCAGAGUCAGACCAUCCCUGGUUUCCUCCAGAGGGAUGCUGUGAGGCGCCUCGGGCCCAUGCUGCUGGACAGCAGCCCGGCUGUCAGGGAGACCGCCACCGGAGCGCUCAGGAAUCUGAGUGCAUGUGGAGGUCAGGAGGUGUGUGAGGACAUGGUGAAGCACGACGUCAUGACUCCUCUGACAGCACUGCUUAGAGAGUGCUGUGCUGGUUUUGAGAGCGCUGCUGUGCCGAUGAAAGACCAGAAGAAUGCAGUGGAGGAUGUAGCCAAUGAGGCUGUGAACCUGUUGUGGAAUUUAUGUGAGAGCAGCAGCCAGGCGCUGUCUGUGUUUAACAAAGCGGGUCUCCUGGAUGUGGUUGUCCAGUGUCUGGAGAGACACCCACACAACGUGGAGCUGGCCACAUCUGCUGCCCACUGUUUGCACACUGUGACUGAGGAUAACCCAGAGCUGCUCUGUAGCUUGAACAGUGCAGUGCUUGGAGUCCUGGAGAAUGUGCUGCUGUCAUCUCAGCCAGGCAUGGCACACACUCUCCUCAGGACAUUAGCUGCAGGGACACUAUGGAACAUGAAGGCCAGUCUGCCUGCUGCCCGUCAGGCCCAGACCCUCAACGCUGUGGUGGCCACCCUGUCGCAGUGCCUGGAUCUGGACCCAGGUACACUGAUACCUGAACUCAGACAAGCAGAAGAGGUUCGUCACAGAAACACACCAGCUGCGCCAGACAUAGAAGACCCGGCUGCAGGAGAGCUCGCUGUGGAGGAGAUGGACGAGGAGGAGGAAGCACCUAAACACAAGAAGAAUGGAAAAGCUGUGAGGGCUGAUAACGACUUCUCUGACCUCUUGCCUAGGGGCAAGGAGGAGCUGAGGGAGGCAACGGCCUUGCUGACAGCCCAGCAAACGUCCUUGGAGAUCAUCGUCAACAUGUGCUGCUCUGACGACCCCUCUGACGACGAGUGGGAGGAGGAGUCGAGCAGCGAUGAAAGCGACAUGGGUCCGGAUGGUCUUUGUGAUGGAGUGUCCAAUCUUAUGUCACCACUGUGUUUGUCAGCUGAGGUUCAGGGGGCCUUGAUCAACCACAGCAUCCCUGAAAAGGUCCUCAAAAAGACAGAGUUCCCCAGAAAGGAAGCCAUGGAUGUGUGCCAUCAGAAUCCCUCCUGGAGAAGCCUGAUAAAAAAGAUGCAGCGCGUGCAGUCCAGGGCGCUGACGUCCCUCCAUAGCAUCCUCUCCACCAUGGAUGCCGAGUCUCUGGGAGGAGCGGCAGCCCUGCAGGGAGCAGCGCAGCACCUGUCCACGCUGGUCUUUGGUGCAGCAGAGAUACCCAAAGAUGAGGAGUUCCUGGAGGCCGUCAUCAGCGCCAUGCGGUCUCUUUUACAGAUGAUUGCCUCCAAAAAUAUUCCCCAGUGUAUGACCCCCCAGCAGCUGAUGAGCCUGAGCGAAGCAGCCACCCGCUGUGAUGUUGUCAGUGUGAGGGUCAACGCCGUCGCCAUUCUGGGCAUCACCGGCAGCACAUUAGCCAAAGAGAAGGGCACUGCGGAAACCCUUCAGAUGAUUGGAAACGCCUUACUUCAAGUUGCCACCAAGGAUGCCCACCUGGUUGUAAAUGGAGAAGCCCUCGACGCCUUGUUUGAUGUUUUUGCGGAUGGAGACGAGGCGGAGACGGCUGCUAAAAAUAUCCAGUUACUACCUGCACUGAAGGCACUUCAACCUGUCUUUAAGGCCAAGAUUCGUAAAGAAGGAAGAGGCAAGUACAGCCCUCAGCAGCUGUGUGUGCUGGACAACAUCAAAGUCAACCUGAGAAGAUUCAUCGGGUAUCUGGAGACGGUGGUGAAAAAAUGAGGACUUUCAGUACUUGACAUGGUGAUCAGUUGAACCUGUAUGGUUUGGACAGAUAUGCUAGCAGGAGCAUACAAUGAAACAGACAAUGGUUGCGAAAGCAUCAAGUAUUUAUUAUGUUUUUUUCCCCUGCUUGGUUUCAAUGUUAAUAUAAUCUUUAAAUACUGCUUUACUAUUUUACUUAGUGAUAUGAAAGUUUAUUUGUUGUGAAGAGAGACGGGGUUACAUCUAUUAUUAGUUAUUAGUUACUGCAAGUUGCAGUAAAAAGAGGUUUUUAUUUUUGCUCCCUCAGUUUAUAUCAUUCAACCCAAUAUGGUUGUCAGGCUUGAAUUUGUAUAUUGUUCAUGCCCCCCUGUAACAUUUUUUAAGAGCUCACUGCCAAGGUUGUGAUGACAUUAAAAUCUAUUAAGACGGACAUUUGAGCCUUUAGAAAUACACACGUAUUCUCUACCUCUACCUCUCUGUGCUCCCUCCACUUCCCAUCUAUGCGAGGCACCGCUCUUAUGCAUGCAGUGGUAAAAUUGUGAGCUUUUCUGUCUCCACGGCAGCCAACUUUUCUGCUGAAAGCAUUCUUGUCAGUAACAUUAUAAAGUAAUUGCCCAAACUGACAAUAGAUUGGGUGUCACUAACACCAAUAAUGUAAUGAUCAGUCAGCAUCCAGAAUUUCUGCUACAACUGACAGUCCUGUUCUACAACUGUGCAGGUUUGAAAUAUGUAAAUCCAGGAUGGUGCCAUCUGUUUUGCACCUGAUUCAUAGUUUGUCAUGCUUUGAGUAACUGUCAACCCAUUAGCUUUCAUUAAUGCAUUAAAUGGUAAAGAUUCAAUGGUGACUUGCACCCACGAAUAGUAUUCAAAAAUGAAUUGAGUAAUAGUUUUUAUGUUGUAAGAGUCAAAGACAGCUUUACUGGGUUCCCACGGCUUUUCGGGGAAAUGUCAAUAAAAUUGCAAAUCAUUGAUUAAAAAAAAAAAAACAAUUUCAAAGAUAAAUUUGAAGGACAGUGACAUCAAGCUAUGAAUGAACACUUUUUUUAAAAAUAAAUCCUGAUUUCUUAA